GACAAGUGAGUAAGAGCCACUUCACUGCAUCUCAGUCCCAAGAGCUCCAUCUGGCUUCAUGAGGGGCUGGACACACCAGCCGGGACCGUGCAUCACAAUGCACCUCCAGCUUCUCCUCAUUAUAACUGUAUGCGUGCUUCAUUGCGAUUGUCAAGGUUCAGGUUGUGAAGCGGGGUCUUUCAGCUGUGGGACAGGCCGUUGUAUUCCAGCAAGCCAGAGGUGUGAUGGAACAACCGACUGUUCGGAUAACGGCGACGAAAUUGGCUGCCCCGAGCCCACCUGCGAGAGCGCUCAGUUCCAGUGCUUGAGUGACGGCGAGUGCAUUCCUCAGCACUGGGUCUGCGAUGAUGAAGAGGAUUGCGAGGAUGGCUCCGAUGAAAGGCAGCACUGCCCUGGCAGGACGUGCUCCAGUUCACAGUUCACCUGUACGAAUGGGGCCUGCGUCCCGGGAGGAUACCGGUGCGACCAUGUGCCUGACUGUCUAGACGGAGCAGAUGAGAGAAACUGCCUUUACCCAGAGUGCUCGGAGCUGAGGUGUGCUAACGGGGCGUGUUAUAACAGGAGCCAGCGCUGUGACCAGGUGCUCAACUGCCGAGACGGCUCAGACGAAGCCAAUUGCACCCAGCGGUGCAGCAGCGGUCAGUUUCAGUGCAGUAAUGGAGAAUGUAUCCCUCGCGGAUACGUCUGCGAUCAUGACGAUGAUUGUGGAGACAGAAGUGAUGAACAGAACUGCACCUACCCGACCUGCAGAGGAACGUACUUCACCUGUCCCAGCGGCCGCUGCAUUCAUCAGGUCUGGCUGUGUGAUGGAGAGGAUGACUGCGAGGACAAUGCAGAUGAGAGAGGCUGCGAUAAUGUGCAGCGUGAGUGUUAUCCCGGGGAAUGGCCGUGUCCUUCUUCUGGUGUUUGCAUCCCUCUGGACCUUCUCUGCGAUGGGACAGCACACUGUCCGGACGGAGAAGAUGAAACCAAUACCACUGCCGGACGCAACUGCAGUAUCUGGCGCUGUGCAUCUCUGAGCUGUGAGCAUCACUGUCUCGCCUCUCCCGAAGGAGGAACCUGUUCCUGUCCGCCAGGAUACAUGGUCAGCAGAAACGACAGCCGCUCAUGCAUUGAUAAUGAUGACUGUAGUCUGUGGGGCAUGUGUGACCAGCUGUGUGAGGAUCGGAUCGGAAGCCAUCGCUGCAGCUGUCGGGACGGUUACCUUCUGGAGCAGCACAGAUACUGCCGAGCGAAUCCGUCAUCUGGGGUGCCUUCGCUUAUAUUCUCCAAUGGGAGAGACUUGCUGAUUGCUGAUGUCCACGGACACAGCGCUCAAACCCUGGUCGAGUCCCAGAACAGAGGAGUUGCUGUUGGUGUGGACUAUCAUUACCAGCUGCAAAGGGUCUUUUGGACCGACACAAUCCAAAAUAAGGUGUUUUCAGUGGAUAUGGACGGGUCACGUUUGCGGGUGGUGCUGAACGUAUCUGUGGACUAUCCUGAAAACCUGGCCGUGGACUGGGUGAAUAACAAGCUGUACGUGGUGGAGGCCAGCGUCAACAGAAUCGACAUGGUGGACUUGGACGGGAGCAAUCGGGUCACAUUAAUCGCCGAGCACCUGGGCAACCCGAGAGGUCUUGCACUUGACCCGACCGUGGGGUACCUUUUCUUCUCUGACUGGGAUACUUUGAAUGGGGAACCGGGUUUGGAAAGGGCCUACAUGGAUGGUACCAAUCGCUACGGGAUCAUCAGGACCAAACUCGGCUGGCCUGCUGGGAUUACUUUGGACCUUGAGACUAAAAGAGUAUAUUGGGUGGACAGCCGAUAUGAUUAUAUCGAAACAACGACUUAUGAUGGCUUGCACAGGAAAACUGUGGUCCAUGGUGGGUCUGUGAUUCCUCAUCCAUUUGCUAUUACUCUGUUUGAGCAUUCAGUCUACUACACUGACUGGACUAAGAUGGCAGUUAUGAAGGCUAAUAAAUACAGUGACAACAGCCCACAAGAGCUCUACAGGACCUCUCAGAGACCACAUGGCCUGACGAUGGUCCAUGCAUACAGACAGCCUUUUGUAAGUAACCCCUGUGGCGCCGAUCGAGGAGGCUGUGAACACAUCUGUGUUCUGAGUCACAGAACUGAUAACGGCGGCCUGGGAUAUCGCUGCCGCUGCCGAAUGGGAUACGAUCUACAUGCUGAUGGCAAGAGAUGCCUGGCUGUGCGGCAGUUUCUGCUGUUCUCCAGUCAGCUGGCAGUCAGAGGGAUCCCCUUCAACCUGUCCACACAGGAAGACAUCAUUCUCCCCAUCACAGGAACUCCAUCUUAUUUCGUUGGAGUGGACUUCAGUGCUGCGGACAAUUCAGUUUUCUUCUCUGAUACAGUGAAGAACAUCAUCUACAAACAGAAAAUUGAUGGAACCGGCAGGGAGGUACUAGCAGCCAAUCGGGUGAAUGGUGUGGAAGAUCUCGCUUAUGAUUGGAUAUCGAAGAACCUGUACUGGACGGAUCCACGCUACAGGAGUAUAUCUGUCAUGAAGGUCGCAGAUAAGUCCAGACGAGCCAUUAUACAAAACCUCAAUAACCCCAGAUCCAUAGUGGUCCACCCGGUGGCUGGUUAUAUUUUCUGGACUGACUGGUACCGUCCUGCAAAGAUUAUGCGGGCCUGGGGUGAUGGGUCACAUGCUCAGUCGAUUGUAAACACCACUCUCGGCUGGCCCAAUGGCUUGGCCAUUGACUGGAGUGCCAUGCGGCUGUAUUGGGUGGACGCCUUCUUUGAUAAGAUCGAGCACAGCAACUUUGACGGACAAAACAGGUUGUCUUUGAAUCGCAUCACUCAGAUCUCCCAUCCGUUUGGACUUACUAUUUUUGGAGGUUAUGUGUACUUCACCGACUGGCGGCUGGGUGGAAUCGUGCGGGUCCGUAAAACAGACGGAGGGGAGAUGAUGAUCAUCCGCCAAGGGAUCAGCCACAUCAUGCAUGUCAAAUCCUUCAACGCUGAUUCACAGAUUGGAUCUAAUUUCUGCAACAGGCAAACAAACCCAAAUGGAGACUGCAGUCAUUUCUGUUUCCCAGCGCCGUACUCCCAGCGAGUGUGUGGCUGUCCAUACGGAAUGAAGCUGGAAGCGAAUCAGCAGACGUGUGUGGAUGAUCCAUCCAAUGAGCCUCCGACCCUCCAGUGUGGCUCCAACUCCUUCUCAUGCACUAACGGGAAGUGUGUCCCCCACAGCUACCAAUGUGACGGCGUCGAUGACUGUCAUGACAACAGCGAUGAGGCCAACUGUGGCGCUAAUAAUAACACAUGCUCGCCCAUUGCCUUUACCUGUGCCAAUCAGCACUGUGUGCCCAGAAGCUGGCACUGCGACGGACACAAUGACUGUUUUGAUGGCAGUGACGAGAGGGAGUGUCCCACCCAGAGCCCUGGCACUUGCCAGGCCGACCAGUUCAGCUGCGCCAACCAUCAAUGCAUCCCUCGCACAUGGCUCUGUGACACCGACAAUGACUGCGGAGACGGAUCCGAUGAGAACAACUGUGAUUCUAUAGGCACAUGCCACCCUGGUCAGUUCCAGUGUCCGGACCACCGCUGCAUUGACCCCAAUUAUGUGUGUGAUGGAGACAGAGAUUGUGCAGACGGAGCGGAUGAACAGGGCUGUGUGUACAACUGCACAGCUUAUGAGUUUAAGUGUGCAAAUGGGCAUCAGUGUGUGAACUCCUACUACCGAUGUGACGGGGUGUUUGACUGUAACGAUCGCUCGGAUGAAUCUGGUUGUCCCACUAGGCCACCCGGCAUGUGUCACCAUGAGAGUGAGUUUCAGUGCCAGUCAGACGGCAGUUGUGUUCCUGCGAUCUGGGAAUGUGACGGACACCCAGACUGUGAAGAUGGCUCAGACGAACACCACGCGUGCCCACCGCGCACGUGCCCCACCUCGCAGUUCCGCUGUGAUAAUGGGAACUGUGUUUUCCGUGGCUGGAUAUGUGACGGUGAUAAUGACUGUCGGGAUGGCAGCGACGAGCGAGACUGUCCCACGCCGCCGUUCCGCUGUCCCAGCUGGCAGUGGCAGUGCCCUGCACACAGUGUGUGUGUUAACCUCAGCAGGGUGUGCGACAACACGCCAGACUGUCCCAACGGCGCCGACGAAUCCCCUCUCUGCAAUCAGGAGAGCUGCACGGAUAACAAUGCGGGCUGCACUCACGGCUGCAUUCAGGGCCCGUUUGGAGCCCAGUGCACGUGUCCUAUGGGCUUCCAGCUGAGUAACGACUCAAAGACCUGCGAGGACAUCGAUGAAUGCCAUCCUCCGGGUGUCUGCAGUCAGCACUGCUUCAAUGAGAGAGGCUCCUUCCGCUGCCAUUGUCAGGAUGGAUACACUCUAGAGGCAGACGGACGCACCUGCAAGGCCUCAGGAUCUCGAGAGGCCUUGCUCUUAGUGGCCAGUCGGAAUCAGAUUGUAUCAGACGACAUCCUUGCACAGCCAAACAUUAUUCGGUCUCUAGUGCGCGAUGGCCGCAACAUCGUGGCCGUAGAUUUCGACUCGGUUACGGAACGUAUUUACUGGUCUGACACCACCCAGGACAGAAUAUGGAGCGCUCACAAAAAUGGGACUAAUCGCUCCGUGAUCUUUGACAGUGGAGUGACUGUGACCGAGAGUCUCGCCGUAGACUGGGUCGGCAGAAACCUAUACUGGACAGACUAUAUUUUGGAGACCAUAGAGGUGUCAAAACUGGAUGGGUCUCACAGAACGGUGCUGAUUAGUGAAAACGUGACCAAUCCAAGAGGUCUGGUAGUGGACCCUAGAAACAACACACACCUGAUGUUUUGGACGGACUGGGGCAGAAAUCCUCGUAUCGAGAGAGCCAGCAUGGAUGGGAAAUUAAGGACCACGAUCAUCAGCAGCAAACUUUAUUGGCCCAAUGGCUUAACUAUUGACUACCCUAACAACCUGCUUUACUUUGCUGACGCUUACCUAGACUUUAUCGACUACUGUGAUUAUGAUGGAAAGAACCGAAAACAAGUGUUGGCCAGUGAUUUGGUACUGCAACAUCCCCACGCAAUUACCAUUUUUGAGGAUUUUGUCUAUUGGACCGACAGAUACGUCAACCGUGUGAUCCGAGCCAACAAGUGGCACGGACAGAACCAGACGGUGAUGCUGUAUAGUCUGCCCCAGCCCAUGGGUCUGGUGGCACUUCAUCCAGCCAGACAGCCUGCAGGUUAUAACCCCUGUGACCCCCGAUCGAGCCCCUGCACUCAUAUCUGCCUCCUGUCAGCGAUCGGUCCCAGGUUUUACUCCUGUGCCUGUCCGUCUGGAUGGACUCUCGCUGCUGACCAGUUCACAUGUGCUAGAGUUGAGGAACCAUUCUUGGUGGUAGUGAGGGACAGCGUCAUUUAUGGCAUCCCGCUUAACCCGAAUGACAAGAGCAAUGACGCCAUGGUGCCGGUCACCGGGCUGCUGAAUGGAUAUGACGUCGACUUUGAUGAUGCUGAGCAGAUGAUCUACUGGGUUGAACAUCCGGGUGAGAUUCAUCGAGUGAAGUCAGAUGGUACCAACAGAACUGAGUUUGCACCAGCGGCCAUCCAGGGUUCUCCGGUCGGACUGGCUCUGGACUGGAUGUCCCAGAACCUGUACUACUCUAACCCUGCAUCACAGUCGAUAGAGGUUCUCAGAUUAAAAGGAGAAAGUCAGUACAGGAAGACUCUCAUCACUAACAGUGGCUCACCUACUGGUGCAGGAGCUCCCGUUGGCAUUGCGGUGGAUCCGGCACGUGGAAAGAUGUACUGGACAGAUCAGGGAACAGAGAGUGGGAUCCCUGCCAAGGUGGCAUCGGCAGAUAUGGACGGCUCCAAUGCGGCCAUCCUCUUCACCCAUAAUCUGGAACAUGUGGAGUUCAUAACUAUAGACAUCAGAGAGAACAAGCUCUACUGGGUCGUUACAGGAACUGGCGUGAUCGAGCGCGGCGAUCCCGAUGGAUCAAACCGCAUCACUAUGGUGAGUGGACUGUCCCAUCCGUGGGGUGUGGCUGUAUACGACGCCUACCUGUACUUCACAGAUCGAGACUUUGAGGUGAUUGAACGCGUCGACAAAGCCACGGGACUCAACCGCGUCGUAAUGCGGGAUAACGUGGCCGGUCUGAGAGUACUCAAAGUACACUACAGAGACUCCUCAGCAGGAUCGUCUAACGGCUGCAGUAAUAACGUGGGGACGUGUGAGCAGUUGUGUCUGCCUCGUCCCGGUGGCCUGUUCAGCUGCGCCUGUGCGACGGGGUUCAGACUCAGUGCUGAUAACAGAACCUGUUCUCCAUACCAAUCCUACAUGGUGAUCUCUAUGCUCACUGCCAUCAAGGGCUUCAGUCUGGAGGGAGCAGAUCACUCCGAGUCUAUGGUGCCUGUGGCAGGCAGAGGCCGCAAUGCUCUCCAUGUAGACGUGCACAUGCCUUCCGGUUUCAUUUACUGGUGUGACUUCAGCAGCACCGUGGCGUCUCAGAACGGAAUCCGCCGGAUCAAACCGGACGGAUCUGGAUUCCAAAGCAUUGUCACCUCUGGAAUCGGACGCAAUGGCAUACGAGGCAUUGCUGUAGACUGGGCCGCAGGAAACCUCUAUUUCACCAAUGCCUUCUUGACUGAGACAUACAUUGAAGUGCUUCGACUCAAUACCACGUUCCGUCGUGUUCUUCUCAAGACCCAAGUAGACAUGCCUCGUCAUAUUGUGGUGGACCCCAUGAACAGAUACCUCUUCUGGGCCGACUAUGGACAGACCCCCAAAAUCGAGCGAGCUUUUCUAGAUGGUUCCAACCGGACUGUACUGGUUUCCUCAGGCAUCGUCACCCCCAGAGGCCUGGCUUUGGAUCACAGAGACGGAUACAUCUACUGGGUGGACGAUUCCCUGGACAUGAUCGCACGAGUCCGGCCCGAAGGGGGCGAGACAGAGGUCGUACGGUACGGGAGUCGCUAUCCGACUCCAUACGGCGUCACCGUGUUUGAGGGGAAUGUAAUCUGGGUGGACAGAAACCUGAAGAAAGUCUUCCAAGCGAGCAAACAGCCAGGUGCGACCGACCAGCCGCUCGUGAUCCGAGACAACAUCAACAUGCUGCGGGACGUCACGAUCUUCGACCGGAGAAUGCAGCCAAGUUCAGCCCACGAGCUCCAAAACAACCCCUGCUUGGAGUCUAACGGCGGCUGCUCUCACUUCUGCUUCGCCAUCCCAGGAUCUCAGACGAGGAAGUGUUCGUGUGCCUUUGGGAAUCUGGCUGCGGACAGCAGCAGUUGUGUGGUAUCCCGGGAUGACUACCUUAUCUAUACGACAGAAAGCACUGUACGAUCUCUGCGGCUGGAUCCAGAGGAUCAUUCUCUGCCCUUUCCCGUGGUUAACGUGCCCCGGACUUCGGUAGCCCUUGAUUUCGACCGGUUGGACGGCCGGAUCUAUUUCACCCAGAGCUCAGGAGCGGGCCAGAGCAAGAUUAGCUUCAUUACUUUGGCUUCACCUACCUCUCCUGCGACAGAGGUGGCCUCAGAUCUGGGAGCUCCUGAUGGCAUCGCCUAUGACUGGAUCAAUAAGAGGAUCUAUUACAGUGACUACAUUAACCAGAGCAUCAGCUCCAUGGCAGUGGAUGGAUCUCAGAGGACUGUUGUAGCACAGGUGCCCAGACCCAGAGCCAUCAUGCUGGAUCCCUGUAGAGGGUAUAUGUACUGGACCGACUGGGGAACCAAUGCAAAGAUAGAACGUGCAACUCUGGGAGGAAACUUCAGGACAGAGAUCGUCAACACUAGCUUGGUUUGGCCAAAUGGUCUGACGCUAGACUAUGAGGAUCAAAGGCUUUACUGGGCAGAUGCCAGCUUACAGAAGAUUGAGAGAUGCUCACUCACCGGCACUAACCGUGAGGUCAUCGUAAGCACCGCCAUCUACCCGUUUGCAAUGACAGUGUACGGUCAGCAUAUCUACUGGACGGACUGGAACACACACAGCAUCUACCGUGCAAACAAGCAUGACGGGUCCGACCAGAGAGUGAUGCUACAGAACCUUCCAUCACGGCCCAUGGACAUCCACGUGCUCUCCAACAGCAAACAGCAGCAGUGCAGCAGUCCCUGCGAACAGUUCAAUGGUGGAUGCAGCCAUAUUUGCACUCCAGGUCCUCAGGGAGCAGAGUGUCAGUGUCCCUCUGAGGGCCGUUGGUAUUUGGCCGACAGCAAACACUGUAUCCCUGACAAUGGCACACGCUGUCAGCCGGGCCAGUUCACUUGCAUGAAUGGCCGCUGCAUCCAUGCCCAGUGGAAAUGCGACAACGACGAUGACUGUGGGGACGGCAGUGAUGAACUCGAGAGGGUCUGCGCAUUUCACACCUGCGAGCCCACAGUGUUCACAUGUGGAAAUGGCCGUUGUGUGCCAUAUCACUAUCGCUGCGAUCACUAUAAUGACUGCGGGGAUGACAGCGACGAGACCGGCUGCAUGUUCCGGCCCUGUGACCCCAACACUGAGUUCACCUGCAAUAACGGUCGCUGCAUUGCACUGGAAUACGUCUGCAACGGAAUAAACAAUUGCUAUGAUAAUGGGACCUCGGAUGAGCAGAACUGUGCUGAGAGGACAUGUCAGCCAGAGCACACCAAAUGUCAGACCACCAACAUCUGCAUCCCGCGCUCGUACCUGUGUGAUGGAGAUAAUGAUUGCGGUGACAACAGCGACGAGAGCCCAACGCAUUGUGCCACAUCUACGUGUUCCCAGAAUGAGUUUCGCUGUUCGAGUGGACGCUGUAUUCCUGGACAAUGGUACUGUGAUGGUGGUACAGACUGUAAUGAUGGUUCUGAUGAGCCCAUUACCUGUACCACCAUGGUGAGGACCUGCAACUCCGAGCAGUUCCGCUGCGAUGACGGAAGGUGCAUCGCUUCAUCCUGGAUCUGCGAUGGAGACAAUGAUUGUGGGGACAUGAGCGAUGAGGACGAGAGACACAGCUGUGCAAACCGCACCUGCUCUCCUCAGGAGUUCACCUGUAUAAAUAACACCACACCAAGUGUAAACCACAUCACACGAACCAACAACGGCCUCUGCAUCCGCAACUCCUACAGGUGUGACCGUCGUAAUGAUUGUGGAGACAGCAGUGAUGAACAGGGCUGCACCUAUCAGCCGUGCCAACAGCAUCAGUUCACCUGUCAGAACGGCCGCUGCAUCUCACGUGAUUUCGUCUGUGACGGGGACAAUGACUGCGGGGAUGAAUCUGAUGAGCUGGAUCACCUGUGCAGGACUCCAGCUCCCACCUGCCCUCCCGGAAACUUCCGGUGUGACAAUGGAAACUGCAUACCGCUCAGCGAGGUGUGUGACAGGAACGACGACUGCAACGACAACAGUGAUGAGAAAGGCUGUGGCAUCAAUGAGUGCACAGACCCGUCCAUGCACCACUGCGACCACAACUGCACCGACACGCCCACCAGCUUCAUCUGCACCUGUCGCCACGGUUACCGCCUCAUGUCCGACAACAAAACGUGCGACGAUGUGGACGAGUGCUCUGUCAGGCCCAGCGUGUGCAGCCAGGUGUGCGAGAACACCGUGGGCUCGUACGUGUGCAAGUGUGCUCCAGGCUUCCUCCGCGAACCCGACGGACGCAGCUGCAGGCAAAACAGCAACAUCAGCCCCUACCUGAUCUUCAGCAACCGCUACUAUCUGCGCAAUCUGUCGACGGACGGCGAGGCCUACUCGCUCAUUCUGCAGGGCCUCACCAGCGUGGUGGCGCUGGACUUCGAUCAGGUGGACAGACGCUUGUACUGGAUCGACGUGAGCCGGAGGGUGUUGGAGCGGAUGUUCUUCAACGGGACGGGACGAGAGGUGGUGGUCAAUGGGAUUUUGCAUGGGGAAGGCCUGGCGGUGGACUGGGUCGGGAGGAAGCUGUACUGGGUCGACAGCUUUCUCGACUGCAUGAAAGUGUCGGAGCUGGACGGCCGGUUUGUGAGGAAGUUAGCAGAACACUGUGUGGAUGCUAAUAACACAUACUGCUUCGAGAAUCCCAGAGCCGUCGUUCUGCAUCCAAAGUUUGGAUACGUGUACUGGACUGACUGGGGAGACAAAGCCUUCAUUGGACGUGUCGGGAUGGAUGGGAAUAACAAGUCGGCCAUCAUCACUACUAAGAUCGAGUGGCCCAACGGUCUGACUAUUGACUACAGCAAUGACAAGCUGUACUGGUCUGAUGCUCACCUCAACUACAUCGAAUUCUCUGAUCUGGAUGGGAAUCACAGGCACACUGUGUACGACGGCAUCCUGCCGCAUCCUUUCGCGAUCACGGUGUUCGAGGAAAGCGUGUACUGGACGGACUGGAACACACGCACAGUGGAGAAGGGCAACAAAUACAACGGCUCAGGACGGGAAGCACUCGUCAACACCACCCACCGACCGUUCGACAUCCACGUGUGCCAUCCCUACCGCCAGCCCAUAGUGACGAAUCCCUGCGCGGUCAAUAACGGAGGCUGUUCUCACCUUUGUCUCCUGCGAGCCGGAGGUCAGGGUCACACCUGCGAGUGUCCUGAUCACUUUCUUACCGUGCAGAUAGGGGGCGCCGCACGCUGUCUGCCCAUGUGCUCCAGCACGCAGUACAGAUGCGCAGACAAUGAACGCUGUAUCCCUAUCUGGUGGAAGUGUGACGGUCAGCGAGACUGCAGAGAUGGCUCGGAUGAACCCUCCACGUGUCCCGUCCGUCACUGCAGACUGGGUCAGUUCCAGUGUAAUGACGGAAACUGCAGCAGCCCGCACUUCCUGUGCAACUCUAAUCAGGACUGUCCCGAUGGGUCGGAUGAAGACACGGUGCUGUGUGCCACCCAUCAGUGUGAGUCUCAUCAGUGGCAGUGUGCCAAUAAGCGCUGCAUCUCUGGGGCCUGGCAGUGCGACGGGGAGAACGACUGCGGCGACGGCUCCGACGAGGAUCCCGCCCACUGCUCCAGCAGGACCUGCAGACCCGGACAGUUCAAGUGCAGGAACGGCCGAUGCAUCCCUGAGAGCUGGAAAUGUGACGUGGACGAUGACUGUGGCGACAACUCCGACGAGCCCAUCGACGAAUGCAUGGGUCCGGCGUACAGAUGUGACAAUCACACAGAGUUUGACUGCAGGACAAACUACCGCUGUGUUCCUCUGUGGGCCGUGUGCAACGGACACAACGACUGCAGGGACGACAGCGACGAACAGAACUGUGAGGAGUUGACCUGUGAGCCGGCGGGUGAUUUCCGCUGUGAUAACCACCAGUGCAUCCCCCUGCGCUGGCGCUGUGAUGGAGACAGUGACUGCAGCGACGGAUCUGACGAACGUAACUGCGCCCCUCGUCCGUGCACAGAGAGCGAGUACCGCUGUGACAACCUGCACUGCAUCCCUGACCGCUGGGUUUGUGACCAUGACAAUGACUGCGAGGACAAUUCUGACGAGAGAGACUGCGAGCUGCGGUCCUGUCACCCGGGUUACUUCCAGUGUGGUAGCGGCCACUGCAUCGCUGAGCGCUUCAAAUGCGACGGCAAUGCUGACUGUCUCGACUUCACUGAUGAAAGCUCCUGUCCCACACGCUACCCGAACAGCACCUACUGUCCACCCUUCCUGUUUGAGUGCAAGAACCACGUGUGUGUGCAGCAGCACUGGAUAUGUGACGGAGAUAACGACUGCGGGGAUAAUUCAGAUGAAGAACUGCAUCUCUGCUUGGACAUCUCAUGUGAUCCUCCGUUCCGUUUCCGCUGUGAUAACACCCGCUGCAUCUACAGUCACGAGCUCUGCAACUCUAUAGAUGACUGCGGUGAUGGAACCGACGAGAGGCCGGAGCAUUGUGUGACUCCCACUCAUGGGCCCUGCUCUGCAGACGAGUAUAAAUGUGGGAACGGUCAGUGCAUUCCUCUGCAGUACGUCUGUGAUGACUAUGACGACUGUGAAGACCAGACCGAUGAACUCGGCUGCUACUAUGGCCACGGGCGCACAUGCAGUGAGAAUCUGUGUGAGCAUAACUGCACGGAUUUGUCAACCGGGGGCUUUAUUUGCUCCUGUAGAACUGGAUAUAAACCCAACCCGGAGGACAAGAACACCUGCGAUGAUGUGAACGAGUGUGAGAUUUACGGGACGUGUCCACAGCUGUGCAGGAACACUAAGGGCAGUUAUGAAUGUUUCUGCGCUGAAGGGUUUCGAUCAGUGGGAGAGCAGCCGGGAGUCGAAUGCGCCGCUGAGGGAAAUCCUCCCGUCUUGUUAUUGCCUGAUAACGUGCGGAUCCGUCGUUUUAAUCUCUCAUCGGAGCUGUACUCAGAUUAUGUGGAUAAUGCAGAGCACAUUCAGGCACUGGACUACCUGUGGGACCCAGAAGGCCUCGGUCUAAGUAUAGUGUACUGGACAGUGUUGGGACGAGGCUCAGAGUUCGGUGCGAUUAAGAGGGCCUACAUGACCACGUUUGAUGACCACGGAAAUAAUCCUGUAAAGGAGGUGGACCUGAACCUCAGAUACAUCUCCAGCCCUGACGGCAUCGCUGUGGACUGGAUUGGAGGCCAUAUUUACUGGACAGAUGCUGGCACUAAUAGAAUCGAAGUGGCAAAACUGGAUGGACGUUACAGAAAGUGGUUAAUUCACAGCGAUCUUGAUCAGCCUGCCUCUAUUGUGGUCAGUCCUAGUCUAGGUAAGAUGUUCUGGUCCGACUGGGGCAGAAAGCCCAAGAUUGAGACAGCGUGGAUGGAUGGGCAGCACAGAGAGGUGCUGUUAGAUGAAGAUCUGGGCUGGCCUACUGGCUUAGCUUUGGACUACCUGAAUGAAAACCGCAUCUACUGGUGUGACUCAAAAGAAAACAUUAUUGAAUCGAUGAAAGCGGACGGAACAGACCGGCAAAUAAUCAUAUCAGGAGACAUCGGUCACCCCUACAGUCUGGAUGUGUUCGAGGGACACGUGUACUGGACGACUAAAGAGAAGGGAGAAGUGUGGAAAAAAGAUAAGUUUGGUAAAGGAGACAAGGUGAAGGUGUUGACCAUAAACCCCUGGCUGACUCAAGUACGCAUCUACCAGCAGCAGCGACACAACCGCUCGGUGCUCAACCCCUGUCAGAGUGUCUGCAGUCACCUGUGUUUGCUGCGGCCGGGUGGAUACACCUGUGCCUGUCCGCAGGGCUCCACGCUGCUCGCUUUCAACAAGAAUGAAUGUGAUGCCGCCAUUGAGGCAGAGGUGUCCAUGCCACUUGCAUGCAGAUGCAUGAACGGAGGAACAUGCUACACUGAUGAGAGAGGCCUGCCGAAGUGCAAGUGUUCGUAUGGAUACUCGGGUAGUUACUGUGAAAUGGGGAAGUCUAGAGCUGCUCCUGCGGGGACAGCAGUGACCGUCCUGUUAGCAGUGGUUAUUAUUCUGAUUACUGGAGCUCUGGUUGUGGGAGUUUUCCUGAACUACAAGCGCACAGGCUCUCUCAUGCCGUCAAUGCCUAAACUACCCAGUCUGAGCAGCCUGGUGAAGUCGGCAGACACAGGAAAUGGAGUGUCGUUUCACUCAGGGGACAAUGUCACGAUGGACCUGGAGCCUCAGAUUCUGGGAGUGUCGUUCAUCGACAGGGCCAUGCAGCUGGAUGAGAAUUUCGCAGACUCUGGUAGGCAGCCAAUCACAUUUGAGAAUCCCAUGUACUCGACUGCAACCGGCUCAGCCAGCGAUCCAGCAGUCCUACACGCUACACAGGUCACUGUGAACAUCAGCGGUGACCAGGUGGAGAAUAACUUCUCAAACCCUACAUAUAACGCUCAUGAACAAGCAGUGGAGGUGAAGAGCGGAGCUGCAGAGCAAACAACCUCACAGGAGUCCAAAUGGAGUUUCUUUAAAAGAAAACUGAAGCCAAGCACAACAUUUGAAAACCCUACAUAUUCAGACAUGCAGGAUGAGCAGACGCAUGGAGCUUCAGGCGCCAGCUCUUCAUCACAGCCGUCUCCUUUCGUUCCUCCUCCCAAACCCCAGAAGCGAGAGAAACUCAGCGCGUAUUCACCGACGGAGGACACCUUCAGAGACACGGCCAACCUGGUUAAAGAGGACAGUGAAAUAUGACCAUCACACACACACACACACACGGGAAAAUACAAAGAAACACUCCCUUUGCACAGAAACUAUUUUUAUAUGCAGCCUGCAUACGACAGAAAUCAAUUUAAGAUUAUUUUUGAAACAAAAAAAAAGUAUAGAUGAGAAUAGAUGAAAUGUUUGUAUAGUCUACAGGAAAGAGACUUUGCCUUCUGAUGUUUUGUAUGCCAAUUCAUGUUGUAUGAUUCUUUUUUAUUAUUAUUGUAACGUCAUAUUUGUAUAUCUUUGCACUGAUGCUGCUGAAGGAGAAUGUUAUGAAUAUUUUGUACAUUUGUAAAUUGAAAAGAUUUUGUUUGAUAAUAUCCUCUGGUCAGAUGUUAUUUUGAAAUAGAUUAUUACAUAUUCCUGGAGAUUCGCGCGCGCGCGCACACACACACACACGCACACACACACACACAUAUGUGUCAAUGAUACUGAGUAAAGUGCUUUGAGAGCCAGCUGAGACUUUUUGCCAUGUGAUCUGAUUCUUCUUAAAGGAACAGUUCACCCAAAAAUGAAAAUCCACCCUCAGGCCAAGAUAUAGAUAUAGUUAUAGAUAUAGUUUGUUUCUUCAUGGCAACAGGUUUGGAGAAAUGUAGCAUUCCAUCACUUGCUCACCA